GUCUAAUGCUGCAGCUCUCACUUUCCAUGUAAAAAGCACGAAGAUUUUUGAUAUGUUUAUGCCUGCAUAUUACUGUGUUACAACAAUGAUAGGAAAAAGAUUUAACUAUGGAUUGAUAUUGUACAGGUUGUGGAUCACACUACUCACAGUUUUGUUAAAGAAAAUGGAGUAUUCUUUAUAAUCGAGGAGUAGCAGCAGAGACAUUCAUGAUAUCACGCAAUAGCUAGUUUCUCUUUUAAAAUAUCGAGAUUAAUAUAAUAAGUUUGGAUUACAGUUACUACUUAAGUUGAUAUUCGUGUUCAAUUUAAUUUGUCCAGAAAUACUUGAAUGAUGUAUACUGUGAAUAGCUUCUUCGUUGAACUUUAGUAAUUAUUUUUAAAUAGAUUUAAAAUUCAGAAUUCGAUUUAUAAUAUAGCGUAAUUAGAUAGAAUGUCGCGCUAUAUUUGAGAUUCUUAUUUUUUAAAUUAAAAUUUAGUAUGAUGAAUUUUUUCCAAUAAUUUAUACAGAGUUCUAAACAAUUAUUUUUGUGUUCCUCCUUUUUACGAUAUUUUCAGAAGUUCUCAAAAAAAACAAAAAAAAAUCUGAAAAAAGGGAAUUUAUGGCGGGAAAAUCGUGCCUAAACUUCAAAAACCUAACAUGUUGCUCGACGCGAAAACACUAUCGAUCUGAACAAUUCGUGGGCACUAGGUGCUGAGAGGAAAUGGAAGGCAGCGAAGGUGAAGCCGUAUUUGAUUCUCUUAAUCUAAAGCCGCAACUCUUCGUCAACGAAACCCUCAACACCGUCGACGAUUUGGUUGACGAUGCCUUCAACUUCUACCACCAGGAAGCGUCAGCCCUUUUGAAAAUCGAGGGUACCGAUAGGUCCCAGGAUCUAACCGAGGGAGUUACUUAUAUCCGAAACAUGAUACAAUCAGUUUUGGAUAAGCGGCUGGGAAUGUGGGAACAGUACUGUCUUCGCCACUGUUUUGCUGUUCCCGAAGGGUUUUCCUUGCUUAAAAGUAAUGAGUUACCGGAUGAUGGUUCAACCUGUCAAGAUGCCAUUUGUGAUCCAGAUCUCGAUGCACAGUUGGCCUUGUUAAGGGAGAAGCUUACUUUGGCAGGGAAGAAAUCUGCUGAGCUUAAUUCUGAGCUUCAAGAAUUAGAAAGACAGUCUGUUGUAAGCAAUCUUUCCACAGGACUUGUUAAUAAGGCCUUACAGUUUUAUGAACAAAAUUCCGUGAACGACAUGUUCCAAGAGAUGACUCAAACUGCAUCAGAACUUCGUGAGAAAAUGGAAAAGUUAAAAUCCAGACGCUGGAAUGAUAUUGAGCGUGCUAGAAUGGAAAGGAUUUACAACGCAGACAGAGAUACUUUUCUCAAGCAUCAUGACAAAGGUCUCUCGAAUUUGAAGUUGGAAGAUCUUCAAAAAUUUUUGGUUGAGUUAAAGAAGGUUUGAACUAUGAUCUAUUAUUUCUGUCUUGCUGUACUGUAGUGUCUUAUACUUCUCGUAUAUAUGCAGUAUCCUCAAUUCUCUCUGGUAAUUGUCCCCACUUAAAUGAUUGUAAACGUGUCAUAUCUAAAAAUUUUCUAAGUUGGCUGUACAAAGAGAUAUAUAAAAUUUACUUACAGGUUGAAUUUAACUUCGUAUUUAGACACUCAUUU